CCUUGUCUUGCUUGCAAAAUUUAGCUACUCAGUGCCUCCUUUCUCAAGUUUUCUGAUAUUCCCAGCCUUCUCUCUUUCCGUCUCUCUAUGAUCCAAGAAAGCUUUGAUUCUUCAAGUUUUAUUUAUAUAACUUAUGCAAGAAUGAUAUUUAAACUCUUCUUUGCAUUAACACCAUUGGUGCUUCUCUUAGCUUCUCUAUCAUUGUUCUUGACAAGCAAGGAAAGUUCAAAAAAACAUUUUAGAAGCAGCUCAGAGACAUGGGUCCUCAAGUUGUUCAAUAUUUCACAAUCUUCCUCUUCUAUCUUUUCUUCAGCUCAGGUUCAAGUGUUGCAGAAACACCUCCUCUGGAACGAAUAGCAGACAACCGAGAAAAUCAAAUGAUUUUCUCAUCUCCAGUGUUCACCACUCAACUAGACACUACGGGAACGGUUCCCAUUGUGAACCCAACAACUCCUGGAACAACAAGCCCUAUUGCAAAUCCGAUAGAGUCACCUCCAGCACCAACUGUAGUAACGACGAACCCGCCAACACCCCCAGCCACUACAACUCCAAUGCCCCCAGCCACUACAACUCCAACCUCAUCAGGAGGAUCAUGGUGUAUUGCAAGUCCAACUGCUUCAGAAACUGCUUUACAGGUGGCUCUUGACUAUGCUUGCGGUUAUGGCGGUGCAGAAUGUUCAGCAAUUCAACCAGGUGCGAGUUGUUAUAACCCAAACACUGUCCGGGACCAUGCUUCAUAUGCCUUCAAUGAUUACUACCAGAAGAAUCCAAUUCCUACCAGUUGUGUCUUCGGCGGAACAGCACAACUUACAAACACUGACCCAAGUAAUGGCAACUGUCACUACGCAUCGUCCAAUUCAACACGCAGCUUAAGCCCACCAACCCCAACAACUCCAACCACUACAUCCACUACACCAACAACGAUGACUCCACCAAUAACAACCACACCUAGUGGACCAACAAUUUUCGGCGUGGCAGAACCAACUGGCUUGCCCAGCUCAGCCACCUCUGUUUCAAUCAGUUUACUGCUCUUCUGUUCCACAGCAGCUAUUGUGGGAUCACUUCUUGCUGCAAAUCAUAUCUAAGCAUACGACAUUUAAGUUUAUUGCCCUCUUAAAUGAGAUUGCCGUUUCCUUGGUUGCCACCAUUCUUGAACUUCUAAACAGGCAGUGAGAAUCAACAUCCGGAAGUUCUCUCAAGGCCUCAAUUUUACCAUAAAAUAUAUUUUCUAUACUCCUAUGCAUGCAUAUUAGUUGAUCAAGAAGCCCACAGAAAAUGAAAAAGAGCAUAGAACGUCUUAGGUUCUUGUACUUGUAGGCGAGUUAGACUAGUCACUUCCUCUUCAGUUUUAGCAUAAUAAAGUAUUAGAUAAGCUUCUGUCUUUAGAACCACAUAAACAGACAAGAAAGAUGUACUUGUUAUUGGCUACCACAUGAAUUUAUUUAUGAAUGCGAAGACCAAGUGCAACAUUAAA